AUGUCUCGCACAGACUAUGAUCUUAUUCGUCAACGGAAGGCAGAUUCCGCGGCAGUCUCUGUUAACCAUCGAGCGCUAAUCACUCGAACAUUAACCAAGUAUCCCGUCGACUAUGCGCUGUAUCGAGAGCUUUUACAGAAUAGUGCCGAUGCAAAGGCUGAGACGGCCACUGUCCAGUUUUUUAGCGCCAACAAACAAGCAUAUGCAUCGGAUUUGACCCAGAUUCAUUCAGUGCCAAUCACGAAACUAGUAUUCAAUAACGAUGGCGCAGAAUUUAAUAACGACGAUUGGAGUCGUCUGAAAGAAAUUGCCAGAGGAAACCCGAACGAAACAAAAAUUGGCGCGUUUGGUGUCGGGUUCUACUCAGUCUUUGAUUUGACCGAUGAGCCAUUAGUGCAUUCAGGGCAAAAAAUCAUCUCUUUCCACUACGAGGGCGACCAACUUCAGUACCAUUGGGGGAAAGCCACAGACUCGGUCAAAGGAGCCACAAUUGAUCUGCCUUAUCGUUCACCAGGUGUGCUCCCCGAUCUUGUAAAAUUCACCGCCUUUUUGGUCCAGAGUUUUUCACUAGUGCAUCUUGGUAAAGUUAUUUUGAAGCUUGACGAUCUGACUUUGCUAGAACUCACAAAGCACAGUUCUGUACCGCAGACGCAGCAGCUCCCACAGAACCUGAACAACAAGUCGCCGAAUGGCACAUUGAAACUAGUCAAUCUCACUAUGACUCCGCUCCAAAUGACUAUUGAAUAUAUGAAUGUGACGCAAAUGCCACCACUGUCUUUGAGCUCAGGCUUCUUCAAUAUUGGAAAAGUGUUGGUUAAGUCCUUGUUGACGAAAACAGACGAUCCCAAAGACACGACAAAACUUGUUUGCUUUCUACGGCGAGCAGAUGCCACAAUCGAUGUCAAUGUAUCGUCCUCGUUUCGUCGCAAAAUGAUCGAAACUGUGAUGAAGGCACCCCCAGCCCAGUCCACAAUGUCACUUUUGUCUUUUUCUCAAGAAGAGUUGCAAAAUUCAGACAUCAAACCUCCCCUCAGUGAUUAUAUUUUCCCCAGUGACUUCAAUGAGGCUAAAAUUUUUAUUGGAUUUCCCACAAAACAGAAUACUGCGUUCAAGUCUCAUCUGGCAUUGAAUCAGGUCGUGCCUACGAUGGAGCGUACAGCUGUGGAUAUGUCAAACUCAUUUGUAAAGGAUUGGAACAGUGAGCUUCUAUAUAUGGCUGGUAUGGUGGCCAGAUGUGUUUACGAGAAUGAGCUGAAAGCUUUAGUGGGUAGCGACCUCCAGUACCAACUCAAUGCGGCCAGUCACACUGUAGAUCGAUUCCAAUUCGGUGAAUCUGCCCCAGAUGCCAGAGUUGGUGCCUGCAUAGCCUCAGGCUUUUGGAAAUGUUCAAAGACCAUCUUGUUGGCAACAAAUGCAGGAAUAUUGCCUUCCAAUAAAGCUCGCCUUCCAGGAAAGUUUGGACCCCUGCUACGGAGACUACCUGUGCUUGAAAAGAACAACAAGAACGAGAUAUUUGUAAGUCAUUUACAGAAGUGUGGAUAUAUUUUGGAGGCCACGUUCGAAGAUGCAAUCGCAGAUCUCAAACAUGAGCCAGUGUCUAUGCGUGAGCUGAAAAGCGCACUUACAUGGCUUGAAACUAACCACAACACCCUUAAUGGCACUCAGUCGAAGCAGUUCAAAAAUGCAUUAGUUCUGAAACAGCCCAGCGGUGACCUAUUAUCCUUGGCGACGAUUGUUUACUACCAAGACGGUUAUGCAGCAGACACUACAAUGCCACUACCUCCACUUUGUAUUUCCGCUGAAAUAGUAGACUUGCUUGGAAAACAGAACGUAAAGGCUUUGGGAAUAGUAGCUCUACCUGUGCUAGAAUGGGCUCUUUUCAUCGUGAGCGACCAGUCGCUACUUCAGAAGCACGCAGCCGAGUUGCUUGGCGUUGUGGACAGACGCUGGCACUACUUGCAUGAAAGCCAGAGAGAAUCUAUUAUUGAUUCGCUACAGAACCGUACCAUCAUUCCUACUAAUCAAGGACUGAAAAUACCCUCUGAUGCGUACAUUUUCAAGAUCCCUCUUUUUCCGGACCUACCUGUCGUUUCGGAUUCUGUGUCGGCAUCACGGGCGUUUUUGGUCAAGAUUGGUGUACGUGAGUCAGUCGAUAUGGCGUUUGUCUUGGAAGCGCUUCAUAAUGAAACUUCGGGGCUCAAGUGGUCAAGUCAAGAGCUGAUAGACUACUUAGUGGAGCAUGAAGAUUCACUAAAGAAAGACGACUGGCUUGUCUUAUCACAUGGCGACUUUUAUCGUAACAGGAAAACCAAGAGCCUAGACCGCAUAUCCAAUUUGUAUGCACCGCUUCCUGAACUAGUCAAGCUGGGGUUCCCGACUUUGGACUGGGCUAGGCCAUGGGACCCAGACUCCGCAGCCGGUAAGCUGCUCAAGAAACUCCAAAUCAAAAUGAAGCCUGAUGUUGUUGAGCUAUUCAUGAUGGCAACUGAGCGUAAGCUUAUUCCUACAGCUACGAAGUUCUUUAUUGGCAAUUAUCAUAGCCAGCAAGAUUUCGAUCGAUUGAGGUAUGCUAACUUGGAGAUUGUUCCAAGUAAUUAUACGUAUAGCAGACCCUCAGAUUGUUAUAUUGACCAGGAAGCUGCUCUUUUCAACUUUGCUGUCAUCGCUGAAGAGUAUGCACCUUAUGCAAAACGUUUUCGUGUUGAAGCCCGCCCUCCGACCCAUCUCCUGUUAGACUACAUGCUUUCACAUCCACCACAAACAAUGGCUGCAGCAGACCCAUUGUUCGGUUAUCUAUCGAGGAAUUUCGACCAGUUUUCAAGAAACGAUAUUGCCAGAUGUAAAAGCGCGCCAUUUGUUCCGGUGAAGCCCUCGCAAAAACUUUUCAUGAAACCAGGUGAAUUGUUUUUGAAAUCUGAUGAGACUGGCGAGAUUAAGGAUCUUUUUCACUUCAUUGAUCCGUUGCCGUCAUCAUUGCCAUUUCUACUUGGUGUUGGUGUUAGACAAAGUCCAAGCUUGACCGAAAUUGCUCAUCAAACAGUUUCAAACCCCACAAAGGUAUACAACCUGGUAAAAAAUCCAAAUAAGUACCUUGAAUUGCUGGCAAAAGUUUAUUAUGGAUGGAAGGAACUAUCACGAGACAAUGCUCUUAUAAAACUCAUGCACACCUCUCCGUUCUUAUUAGCAUUCAAGCACCAAGUCACUAGUGACGAUGAUGACAGUGAGACAGCAGUUCUUGCAAAAGCCUCUGAAAUCUCAAUUGUGGAUGAUAUUUUGAUUUUCAACAAGUUUAAAAAGGAUAUUUUGACUGCACCACAAGAGUCUGUUCUAGAGUCUUUAUAUGCUAAGCUUGGUGUGGCAAAGCUCACUGACAGCUUGAACGAAUCAUGUCAACUUGGUAGUGUUGUUAGCUACUCAGGCCAAGAAAAAGUUCAGGAACACAUUAGGGAGCGACUCCGACUGUUUCUCGAGAGUAGUUCCAAGCAGUGUCGUUUACGCACAAAGGAAGUCCAAAGCGUUACUGUUGAGUUUGUAUCAUUCAUCAAAAUCAAGCAGCAACUCCGUCAAACUCGUGAAAUCGAAAGCGAUCUCACUGCUCUCAUUCACCCCAGUCACAGCAAAAAGGUUUUGUUGACUCCGAAGUUUGACUGGUUCCAUGUAAGUCAAGCUUUGACGAAACUCGCACUGGAGAAACCUGACCCAGAGUCUGUGAUUGUUUUGGAGCUGCAGCUUAGCACCGAUCUAAAGACCCUUCAGGCUAAGGGCUACAACGUUGAUCGAUUGCUUCAGAAAAACAAAAGGGAGAUUCAUGCGUCGGUUCCUCCUCCUGAAACUAAACCCGUUCAGCAAGUUGAGCCGGACAAGUUAGCGGAACCCGCCAAACAACAAAUGAUGAAACCAAGCGCUCCUCCACUGCAGGCGCCUCGUGAUAGAUCGCACCAGGAAGAUAAAGCUGUUAUCCCAUCACCAGCGAGUAGGAGCACUAGAGCAGUAGUCCCCCCAAACCAAACCAAUGGCGUACCGGAACAACUGCAAGAGUUGCGAAAUCAACCGCACGAGCCUGCAAAGCCCAAGGACCCUUUCGGCAGAUUCAAGUCACUCCUCUCGCGUGACAGAACUCACCAAAGCAAACCAGCAGCUCCCGGCCAAGAAGUCAGGCCUGUAGAUACAGGCCAUGCAUUAAAAGAGUCGAUUCGAGCUUGCCAACCUUAUAACGAAGCGAGGGUCCACGCACCUAUGAACGUUGAUCCGCCUCCUAUGCCAUCAAACAGCUGUAAGGAAAACGAUGUGAAAGAUUUGCGAUCAGCAGUACAACUUAGUGAUGGCAUGAUGGUAUUUGUUCAAAAUGGAGCGGCACCACCUACCGAAGAAAUGCUCAAGUAUGCUGUGCAAUUUUGUGACAUCCUUAAAAGGUGCUCCGCCAUCUACGAAUGUCCUUACGAUACAUUUUGCUUAUAUAUUGGUGAGGAGAGCUCUAUUGCAUUCAAUUAUCGCGGCUCGCUAUUUUUCAAUUUGCAGGUUUUCGCUGCCCAAACUCGUGGGUCGUCAUGGAAGCCCGCCGUCACUUUGGACUUCUGGUACACGGUCAUGGCGCACGAACUUGCCCACAAUCUUGUGGGAUCGCAUGGCCAACAGCAUUCAUUCUACACAGAACGCUAUGUAUCUGGUUACCUUGCUAGACUGCGUGGACAGCGACUAGCCGAAACUGCUCCGGCUAUCUUGUAA